AUGGCAGAGCCAUCAACAUGCCUUCCCCUAACACCGGACUCGAUCCGACAAACUCAUAAUCGGAUCAAACCCUACAUCCACCGCACCCCUGUCCUCACAUCACGAUCCAUCGACAAGAUUGCCAGCAGUCCGAAUCCUCGCGCCUAUCUCGCUGACGACCCUCCAGGCAUCUGGGCUGAUGACAGCCACUCAACUUCCAAUGGCAACGUCGACGGAGUGCCGAAAUUCCACUUGUACUUCAAGAUGGAAUCAACGCAACGCAUCGGCGCAUUCAAGACUCGCGGUGCGUUCAGUGCCGUCACACAUCUGAUCGAGGAGCUAGGUCUCGACACUCUCCGGAAGCGAGGUGUGAUUACUCAUAGUUCUGGAAACCAUGCACAGGCCCUUGCGCUUGCUGCGAGUACGUAUGAAAUUCCUGGCUUCAUUGUCAUGCCGAGCAUCAGUACGAAGAGCAAGAUUAGCGGCACAAAAGGCAAUAAGGGUGUCGAGGUGAUUUUUUCGGGUAGUACGGCCCCAGAACGGGAGAAGGUUGUGAACGAGGUCAUUGAGCGGGAGAAGGAGAGAAAGGGGGGUGGGGGGCCAAUUCUGAUACCGCCGUAUGACCAUCCAGAUAUCGUGUUGGGACAGGGCACUGCGGGGCUGGAGAUGGAAGAGCAGUUUCAAGCGAUGAAACGUAGCGGAAGUGUGAAAGGAUGUAGCAGUGCUGUUGAGGGAAGCACUAUCGAGGGUGGUAACGAGCGAUUCGAUGCAGUCUUAACGCCUCUCGGUGGUGGUGGUCUGCUUAGUGGCACAGCUACGUGGUUUUCUCGCACUGACGACAAACAAGGGAAGCGCACACUAGUGUUCGGUGCAGAGCCCAGUUUUCAAGGAGCUAAUGAUGGCGAACGAGGAUUAGCUUCAAGCCCACCCAAACGAAUCGAGCACGUCAAAUCUCUCACAAUCGCUGACGGAGUACGGACGCCAGUAGGUGUGAUACCAUGGAGCGUUAUCUCUGACAAGUCGAAGUUGGAGAGUGUAUAUUCCGUCACGGAAGUUGAGAUAAAAAUGGCACUGAAACUGAUAUUGGAAAGAGUCAAGGUUGUGAUUGAGCCUAGUUCUGCUGUUCCGAUUGCGGUCGUGCUCUUCAACGAGCGAUUCAGGAAAUUCGUUGCAGAGAAACAGAAGGACGAAGGUAGCGGUAUACCUUGGGAUGUAGGUAUUGUAAUUUCUGGUGGAAACACGACUGUGGAGGCACUAAGUAAAUUCUUCUCUGAGGGUUGGAUGACGGAGACGGAGGACACGAAUUUCGAAUCUGAAAGGCAGACAGGCCAAGUUACGAUCGAUGGCAGUAAGAAAGUCGAGGAUGUGGCAGGUUAG